AUGGACCAACCAAGAACGCCCAAAAGGGCUGAAACAAGAGAAGAGCCUCAAAUAUCUGCAGCAGCAAGAGAAAAAGCCGAAGCCGCCAAAGCUUUCAUCGCUGAAAAAUACUCCAAGAAAAAGCGUGAAGAUACUGAAAAUCGCGAAUAUUGGGACGAAAUAAACAAAAGAAUGGUUGAGCUUAAUCUUUCUGAAACCGAGCAGAGAAUGGUUAGAGAAGAAAUCAUGCACAAAGAAGCUGAGCGACUUCGGAGCUUGCGGGCACGUACAAGCAUUUUUGAUUUUGAACCGAUCACAAUCAUAGGCCGCGGCGCCUUUGGAGAAGUUAGAGUUGUCCGUCACAAAUCUUCAGGAGAAAUCCUCGCUUUGAAGAAAAUGAACAAAACUGAAAUGAUCCGAAAAAACCAAAUCCAGCAUGUGAGGGCUGAAAGAAAUGUAUUAGCCAAAGCUAAUAAUCCAUGGAUUGUUGAGCUGAAAUACUCUUUUCAAGAUGAAAAAUACUUGUAUUUAGCAAUGGAAUACCUGCAAGGGGGUGAUUUGAUGACUGUUUUGAUUAAAAGAGAUAUCCUUCCUCAAGAUGAGGCCAAAUUUUAUAUUGCUGAGAUGGUUUUAGCUGUAGAGUCUGUGCACAAACUAAACUAUAUACAUAGAGAUAUCAAACCAGAUAAUGUCUUGAUUGGUAGAGACGGCCAUAUAAAACUAUCUGACUUUGGGCUUUGUAAAUUAAGUGAUAUCCAGACGGAUAAUUUGUAUUCAAAUUUAAACAAGCUAGAAGACGAAGCUAAAGCAAAGCAGUAUAUGGAAAGGCGAACAGACUAUAAGAGAAACCGAGCCCUGGCUUACUCAACUGUAGGCACUCCUGACUAUAUAGCUCCAGAAGUGUUUGGAAGAGGAGGGUAUACUGAAACAGUUGAUUGGUGAAGCGUUGGUGUUAUUUUAUUUGAAAUGGUCGUGGGGUAUCCUCCUUUCUUUUCAGACGAGCCAUCUAUAACUUGUCAAAAAAUCUUGCAUUGGAGAAACAUUUUGUCAAUACCAAGAGAAGCGAACUUGAGACACUCCACUUGUGAUUUGAUAAGAAAGCUUGUAUGUGAUGCUGGAGAUAGGCUUGGAUCUCAUGGAGUUGAAGAAAUCAAAGCACAUCCUUUCUUUAAUGGAAUAGACUGGGAAAAUAUGAGAAGCACAAGGGCACCAUGAAUCCCUGAGGUAUUUUAUAUUUAGCUAAGAAAUGAUUAUGACUCAUCAAAUUUCGAUAAUUUUGAUGAAGUUGAGCCGUUUUAUCCGCCACAAGAGUCAAGGAAGAAAAAAGGGAAAAAAGACAGCAACUUUAUCAAUUAUACUUAUAAGAAAGAAGAUGAAGACCGAGCAGCUAUAUUGAUUAGUGCUUUGAAUGAACUUGAGGCCAUUAAAAAAACGCACUCUAGCUCAAGGCAGGAGAAUUCUCCAUCACAAGGAAGUUACCCAAAAAAGCUCAUGUUAAGCUCUCAAGAACUCUAUUCAGAUUAA